AAUAAUAUUAUUGCAUUCAUUCAAUCCAAUCAAAUAAGUACACGAACAUAUUUCUUUUGAUUCAUAAUACUAGUUUGAUUAAAAAAGCAUAUGCUUCAAGUAAUCGUAUUCUUCAAGUAGCAAUAUAAUAAAAAUGAAGAAGAUACUACUGCAAUUGUUGAUUUUUCCUAUUGUACAGGUAUUUUUAUCGUCAACAUUAGAAAUCAUUAGAACUAUUGCAGAUAACAAUUUGACAAAUGCCAAAGAAAAAUUAUAUGAAUGUUUUAAAAAAAAAUGUUUAUUUGAAAGAUGCAGAGAUUGUGAUAACAAUGGUUUCAUAGAAGAUUUUGAUAAGUACGUAAAUGAAGAGGUACAAAAUAUGUUACUAAAUAAGUUUCAUCCGGCUAAUUUGCCUUUUAAAAUCUAUAAUAUUUAUUUUCCUAAACCAUCAGAAAUAUCAAUACAAAACAAAGAGUUGGAUGAUACAAUAAAUUGUGUACAAGUUUUUUACUCACAUUUAUUUGCUACUACAGUACCACAGAUAGAGACUAACGAAGAAAUAGAAGAAAAAGUUCGAAAAAAUUGGACAAUAGCAUGUGAAACACUAUAUGAUUGCUUUAAACAUUAUGAUUUACAUAAUAUUAUACCAUGUUCUUAUAAAAUUUUUCAUGAAAAGACCUUUGAUGCAAGGAUUAAUCAAUACAGAGAACAUGGAGGAUAUCGCAUGAACGAAGAGUUUUUAACAUUCUUAGAUAGUGUUAAACAAGAAAUUAUUGAUAAAGCAUUGACAUCGGUUCAAAUAAAUGAAAAACUGGUCAAGUAUGUGCACGAAGAACCGCCACUCUUGACACCAAUAGAAUUCUGCUCUUCUGCUUUUUAUACUCGUUUAUUUAUGUAAUAAAUUUUAUUUAUUGACAAUUAUUCAAGGAUGUGAAACGAUUUAUUUUUUAUUUCUUCUGGGUUAAAAACCUAAAUAGAGACGCAAAUGUUUUUACGAAUAACUUUUAAAAUAUUACAAUUAAUAAAAAAUGAUUCAGAUAA